AUGUCGUGGUAUCAAAACAUUUUACCAGAAGGUAUAAAGAAAAAUGUCUGUGCAUAUUUAUUACAAAGAUACCUUGGACAAUUCUUUGAAGAGAAAUUAACUAGAGAUCAACUUAACGUUGACUUCUACAAUGGAACUGGCACUGUGGAAAAAAUCAGCCUUGAUGUUCAGGCUCUUAAUGAACUUGGAGAAAAACAAAAUUGGCCAAUUGAGUUUGUGGAUGGAUACAUAGAAAAUUUAUAUGUCAGAGUGCCGUUUAUGUCGAUAUUAAAAGAUCCUAGUUAUGUAGAAGUAAAAGGAUGUAAAAUUACUGUGCAACCGAAACAAAGACAUGAAUCCGCGACAUCUAUGUUCGAAUCCAUGUGGAAUUCAAUGACCAGUUCCAUGCAGCUAGCUGAAGAAUGCGCAAAACAAGAUUGUGGAGUGAAUACGUCAAAUCCGAUGGAAGCUUAUGAAGGAAUUAAACUUUUUGCCCAAACCAUCGACUCAAUUCUAAGUAGAGUGAAAGUAAAAUUUAUUGACACAGUAUUUCAAAUUGAACAUGUUCCAAAACAAAGCACAACAGGAGUGGGCAUAGUCAUCAACAUUGAUUUGAUUGAAUACUCAGAUGAAGCAGGCAACGAUCCUUCUACAGAAGAAAAUCUGGAUCAGACAAAUCAAGACUCAAAGAAAGCGUACGUCGUGAACUCAUACACUACGAAAAACUUCAUAAUUACGGGAAUGACGUUUUCAACGGUCGAAUUUUUCAGUAAGGCACGAACUUUUAGUAGAUCCGUGUUAACUCAAUCUCAUUUGGAAGCUGAAAACGAUUCGUUAGUUACUGUGAUAGAAAGUUCUAAUAUAGGUAGUGAUUUUUCUCUUCCGACGCCACAAAAUGAGGAGGAUGAAGGGGUUCCGAAAGAGGAGGAGGAAGAGGAAGAAGUUAACGAGGAAAAAGAUACGGAAAAAAACUUUUAACGGGCAGCGAAAUGUUAUCAAGUUUGGUUAUAUUUCAGGCACACAAGAGAUUAGAGUUAAAUUAAAACAAUCAGAAAGCCUUACCGGGCCGAAGGUAUCAAUCGAUGUAAUGCUAGGAUCUUUCAUAGUAUUUUUAUCACCAAGACAAUUCCAUGUUCUUCUAGAACUUGCAGAUGGUUUAUCUAAACCCGAUACUGUGGAUAAAAGUAAUGUCGCACCGAGAUCACAAUGCACAUCUAAACCCAUGACAGUACUAGAUUACCAGAGGGUCGAACAAGAACUUCAAUACCAGUUGCAGUCUCUUUCUGAACUUCAGAUUGCUGGGUUACAAGCUGCCCAGGGCUGGUCCUCCGCACCUUUAGAUGAUAAUACAGCAGAUGAUAAUUUUCUUCCAAUGAAAAAUACGGUAAGUGGAAUGUUCGACAGCACUCUUUCAGGCAUUAGCAGCAGCAUGGAGUCCAGCAUGAAUUCCAGCAUGAUAAGCUCUAUGACGGAUCACACCCACAGAACAAGACGACUAACUAACAACGUCGACUCAGAUCCUACGGCAGAAAUAUCUAAUUUCCAAAUACGAAUAGCCUCCGUAGCUGUCAUUUUACUGUUGGAAGAUUUACUAUUCCAACCUGUAGAACGUGACCAGAUAUUAGCACCAUCUAGCGUACAAAAGAUGCAGCAAGUUGUCGACGAUUUCUUUGGAAAGUUGGGCCAAUUCUCUUUUGCUGCAUAUGGGAAUAAGGACUUUGAGAAUGCCAGAGAAGCGUUUAACAACGCCUGUUCCCGAAAUAAUUUGAAAUUACUCGCUGCACCUGUACAAAUUGAGGGAGACGAAAAAACCACAAGUUCGGCAUUUUCCAUUAGUGGGCAAUUAACCGCUGCCAAAUUAGAACUUUAUGAGUGUCUAUACAAUACUGCAACUUCUAGAAUUGACUCGAUUCCACUGAUUUCGUUCACGGAAAACUCAUCUCUUCAAAAUGCAACUAUGGGCGCCAAACCUAGCUUUAAACUAGCAUUUAAACAUGUCGAAAAAACGAAAAAUUCUAUUAGAAGAAGCGGACCUAAAUCUGAUAUUACGAUCACCUUGGGCAAGCUAGACUUAGAAUUUGAUAUUACGCUACUAGAUCGAAUUAAUGCUUUGAUAAAUUCUCCAAAUAUAUGUGCUCCAGAAGUAUCGCCAUACAAUCCAUGGACCAUUCCUGAAGGAUUUCCUGGACACAUUAUAUCCGCUGCUGCUGUAGAAGCUAAGAUGGACUUGAAAAUAAUUUGUCCGUGUGUUAAUGUAAAGCUGAGGUUUCCCGUACCAGAUUUUCGCCCACCGUACGAUCUCAAUCGAGUUCCAUGGUGGAAAAGACAUGUUAGAGCUGACUAUCUCUCUCUAGUUUUCGCCGAUUUAGUCUUCCAAUCAAGCUUUCAAACAAACCAAAGUUUCCAAGAAUAUUCGUUGAACUCUAGAGCGCUUGAUAUUAUCUAUUAUGAAAACGAAAACAGUUCUGGUUUACCUAUCGCCAAAGCAGAAUUUGAUGAUAGAGAGGGAUCAUCGAUGCAAGACGUGUUAUCACAGAUUAGGUUGACUAUCAAACUGUUUUCGACUGAGACCAACGAAUUGGAGAAAGAGGCCGAGGUUGAACAAAAUUUAAUGACUACUUCAUUCUACGGAGCUUUCGAAAAUCAGAAUAAAGAGGAGCCAGGACCUUUCAGCGCUAAAAGAGUGGUGCAUGAAAGCGAUACUCCACAUUCCAGACCACCAAAUGAUGAUACCGAUGAACUCAUAAUACCUGGUGAUAAAUACGAGAUAGACGAAUUCAUCAAAUCCACUACAGAUUCGGUUAAAAUUCAUGUUGACGUUUAUAUUCCUCAAAUUUCCCUACAAUUAAAGUCGAAACACGUAUACGAAGUUUUAUAUAACAGAAUUAACAACGAUUUAUUACUUUGGACUCCUAGUGCACCGAAGACUAAAUCUGCAGCCACGAACUUAACAUAUUCUGCAUAUGGAGGAAGAACUGUUAUUGUUGACGGUCAAGAUACUUUCACAAUGUGUAAGAGUGGAAUUCAAUAUGAAUCGGAUAGCGAAAGUGAUGAAUCCGAAGAUAGCACAAGCAACAUUUUUUUCUCCACGUACGACCACAAAAUGCGACAACCUACCAAGCCGGCCCAGCAUAAAGUUCAAGAACCUGUUAAAAAAGUACAAAGCGACUUCGUCCUUAGUAUACAGAUAGCUCAAGGAAUUCUCGAAAUACAUCCACCAGUUAGAGAUUCUGCAAGCAACGUUAUACCUGGGCAACAAGGAGAAUUUUUCCUAAAUUUGGAAGACGCCAACAUUUUUGUGGUUAGUGGGUACAAAGGUGAUGAUAAUUUAGGAUUCGUUUGCGUACAAUUACAUAACGCUCAGCUGUACCAUUGCGAUAUGAUGGGCAUUCCUAGUCAAUCUUCUACCAUAAAACCAUUUGGAUCACCUGUUGGAAGUCAUCUGCAUCCCACCAUAUAUAAAUCUGAGCAAGGUAUGCUUGUGACCUCAAAAAAUAGAGGAGGAAAUAGAGAGAUGCUUACUAUCGCAAUAAGAAUACAAGCUAACCAUGAAACUCAUCACGUUAAGACCGUGAGAGUAGCCAUCGGGUUAAACAAGAGUACGUUAAAACAUAGAAUGUGUACAGAACCGAAUAGUUGGAUUUCACAUUUGUUAGACUUUUUCAAUGUACAAGAUUACCCGAUAGCAAAUUAUCAUGCCAAAGAUGUUCUGACUGAAUUACAUUUACACGUUUGGGAUUGUGCCAUAGAUUAUAGGCCAUUAAAUUUAGCUAUUAGAUCUGCAAUCACAAUAGGAAACUUCAGUAUGUCUUCGCACUUAUCAGCUCAAUCGAAUUCGUCUACGCUGAGGUUUAUAUUCGAAGAAUGUGCACUAUUUUUGAGCGAAAAAGCUCCCUCGAAAAACGGGAAAGUAUCUGUGGCACCCGUGGACUUAAUUAGAGAUUAUGUCAAUGUCUUACAGUUAGGACUGUUUGAGUUGAGUUUAAGAACAACGGAUAAGAGAAGUGGGAUCAACCCUCACAUCGACCUUCGAGCUUCUAAUAACAUUCUCAACAUACAUACAUGCGCAGACAGUUGUAAAAUGUUAACGAACCUAAUAAUAUACUUUGCCAAUGACGGAGAUCUAGUACCACCAACAUCCACAACCACAGGAAGCUCUUACUCGAGUCCUAGACACCAAGCUGAAGCAGAAUUGGUAUCGGUUGAACCUCAGAUUAGUAAUUUGUCGAAGAGCCAACAUGAGCACGUUAACACACUGUUGGGAGAAGCCAUGAAAGAAAGUGAAGUUGUAGAAGAUAAUCCGAUGCAUUCUUCAAACCUCGGUGCCAAACUAUUUUACUUUCCCGAUGAAAAGCAGCUAAUACAACAAGAAACACUUUCUAAACCUCUACCACAAGUGACUUAUGAAUUAGGUGACAUUGCUUACCACUCCAGUAGAAGUAGUGACACAGAUGAUGAGUUCUGUAUUAUAGGUAAAGAACCCGGUCUCGGAUUAUACCCGGCAAAUGGCAUUCCUGAUAUUCGAUGGCUUUCCAGCGACCCCGUGCGAGUAAUAGAUAAUCACUUUAACAUCCCCGUUGGUAAAACGGAUCUUCUGAAACCUCCUAAAUCAUUUCCUAUACCUAUCACUCGGUAUACUCUGUGUGACAUGACAGUAGUUUGGCACAUGUAUGGUGGAAACGAUUUCAAAGUAGCGGAAAGUGAAAACAAGAAAAAAACUGUACAAUUUUCAGAAACUCAACUGAAUGAUACCGUUAGUUUUUCCAAAGGAAAUAAAAACGAAGUGCAUAUCACUAGUCAUAUGGAUAAAAAGAAAGCUAAUAUGAAUUGGAUUGUCAAGGGAGGAGUCAAUAGGGAUCAUGAUGUCCACAUGGAAUUACAUUUAAAUAAGGUUAGAUUUCAACACGAAGUAUAUCCAGAAACAACGACACAAGCGUCGCGGCAAGUGUUGAUAAUAUCCGACGUGGAAAUUGUAGAUAGAUUAGAAUCAAGUCAAAUAAAUAAAUUUCUCUACCAAUAUACUAGUCAAAGCAGGCCAAAACAGUCACAUGCACACAUGGUAGUCAUUAAAUCCCUUCACAUACGACCUGAUCCAAAGCUGCCAACUCAGGAAUGUUGCCUGAAAGUAUCGAUAUUGCCGCUUCGGUUGAAUAUUGAUCAAGACUCUUUAUUGUUUCUCAUUAAUUUCUUUAGUGAUCUUAGUGGCGAUAGUUGCGAAAAGACAGAUGAUCAAGGCAAUAUCUCCAAACAUAACACCCCCACCCACCAUCCGCCUGUGAUGACAAUUAGCGAAGAAAAUGAAGAACUUAUUAAAAAACAAGCUUUAAAAGUUGUCGAUGAAAAUUUAAUACUGUUAAUGGAGGAGAGUAGGCAUCAGUUUGAUUUGGAUAAUGAUUUGGAAAAUUCUACAUCUACUACGUCAGACGGAUCACCGGUCUUCUUCAGGAAUCUGAUAUUCAGUCCGGAAGUUCCUAUCCGCUUAGAUUACCACGGAAAACGCGUAGACAUGACCCACGGCUCACUCCCCGGAUUACUGAUGGGCCUUGGUCAAUUAAAUUGUUCGGAAUUGAGGUUGAAACGAGUGACUUACCGACAUGGCCUUUUAGGAUUCGACAAACUCAUGAUGCAUUUGGUACAAGAAUGGUUGAGUGAUAUUAAAAAGAAUCAACUGCCCAGUUUACUUGGAGGUGUUGGACCGAUGUAUACUCUUGUUCAGUUGUUCCAAGGAGUUCGAGAUCUGUUCUGGUUACCAAUCGAACAGUACCAAAAAGACGGGAGGAUCGUCAGAGGACUUCAACGAGGCGCCAACAGUUUUACGACGUCGACAGCAAUGGCUGCCCUCGAAUUAACAUCUAGAAUAAUUCAUCUAAUACAGAUAACUGCUGAAACUGCCUACGAUAUGUUGUCUCCCGGUCCCAGUGUUAGGAUACUUGCAAAGUCCAAGGGGAAAAGGAGGAGGUACCAUCAACCACAAGAUAUUAGGGAAGGAAUGACGAAUGCUAUUUUAUUAGUGAAAGAGGGCAUUGGUGAGACAGCUGAUAACAUCGUCCAAGUAGCCGCCCAAGAAAAAGAACAGAAGGGGUACAGCGGUGCAGUAGGUGGUGUUCUACGUCAAAUCCCUCCAACUAUACUGAAGCCAAUUAUAAUAGCGUCUGAAGCCACUAGCAAUGUACUAGGAGGCAUGCGUAGUCAGUUAGUACCCGACGCUCGAAGAGAAGCAAAUCAAAAAUGGCGCAGUAAUGACGGCGUGUAUUGUGAUAAAAAUUAA